AGUGGCGCCUGGGGUGCGUAGGCUGCCUCGGAGGCGCGGUCGGUCCAGGUUCCGCCCGACGGUGACGUUCGUCGACGGCCACCUUGCGGUCGGGGCCAAUGGUAGAGCGAGUGGCAGGGUUCGGUGGGGAUGUGCAGGACUGUGGCGCGCAUGACUCGAUUCCACCGAACGCUCCGGGAGCCUCGGGAACCUCGAGCAAGCUGCGAGGCGAGGCAGUCAGUUGCUCUCAGCUACGACAUGCAUAACGCAUGAGAGAGCCCGAGCGAGAUCUUUUCGAGCCGUUUGUCGUCUCUCCUCUCGCGCGCGUGUGCUCCACACAUACAUACACACAUACACACAAACUGAGACGCACACGGACGCCGCCACACACCACACCACACACACACAUACACACACACCUACACACACACGCACACACACACACACACUGGUGGCCAAGCUCUCGCGUAAUACACACACUCGCAUGGGAGAUAUCGCGCGAGGAAAACACGCGCGCGCGCAACGCAAGACACCGCGAGCAAUCGUGAAUCGGCUCUUUUACUACUUCUGUUCUGCCGUGAGGAUCGUGUGCUCGUCGGCGACAUACGCCGCUCGUCCUCGCGAAUCGACGGGCCACCGCGAGUUCUUCACCGCCGGGCGAGUCGUGUGAGUAUAUCGCCCCAAUCUUCGGACUUUUGUCCAUCGCGAGUGCGUCGUCGCGAUGAUACCGCGACACGGCGGCGUUUGAGUGAUUCGCCAUCACCGAAGCCCGUGCACGCGAGUGUGAUACCUUCGUACAGUCGUCGUGUACCACGAGUCGUCGGAGUACGCCACGUACGACUCUCGAAACGACAGGAAAGGAAGCGCGCCGUUCUUCUAUGGGGUGUGGAGAGUUUUGAGCAAGCAGUUGGAGCAACCAAGAGUUCACUACUACCGAAGACUACUCGAUCGCGGUGGUGAAACCGACCGAAUUUCGCGGAGGAGAUCCCUCCUCGGAGGAAUCGGGGGAAACGUCCGCGUGAAAAUCCGCGGAAGUUUCAGCGAUCUUUCAGCGACUUUGCCAACCUUCGGAGAAACUAUGGACGAAUGGUUCGUGUGUUCGACGAUGCCCCUCACUCGGGAUUUGGUGCGUAGUCGCGAACGAUGGACUGUGCGUUAGCUACGUGUGAUUGGUGAUCGUCGAUCUAGUCGGACGAGAAAGAUCGAUCUUGCCUGCCCGAGAGCAGGAAGAACUUGGACAGGUGUGUUCUUUUCGUCGUGUUUCGUUGUUUGUCGAGGAUCUGCGCGUGACACUACGCGAAAACGCACAGGAUAUUGGAGCGUUGCGAAAUUUCAAGUGCGAUUGUUGACGAAAGUGAGAAAAAAAACGGAGCGAAACUAACUGCGACUUGAAUCGGAAAGAAGGAGGAAAGAACGACGAGACCGAGGGAUUUGUGCGAACGACGAAGUAACGGGAAGAAAGCGUGGGAAGGAAGAAGAGGAAAGGGUUGCUGCCCUGCGAGGGCAGCGUUCCCCCGAAAGGGCUGAUCGUAGUGAUCGUAGAUCAAUAAGCAAACCCAAAGGACAGGAUUUUCAAGGAAACGGAGAAAAAGGAAAAUCGGAAAAGUGUCUGAGAAUCUUAGAAAGAAAGAAAGAAAGAAGGGAAAAUAAGCGUGGAAGCGAGCGGAAAAAAAGCGAGAAGGUUUCGCGACACCUCUGCACGAGGGGAGGUAGAUGGCCGCUACCACGUACAUGCCGAUUAGUACCGCAGUGUCGUCCGAGCUGGAUGGUUCGGGUACCGCGAUCGGGAUGAACAUCGCCGUGGGUGGCUAUCCCUCGGGCUCACCUCGCAGCGCCGCUGAUGCAGGCGAGAUGAAGUACAUGCCGGCGCCGCAGCAUCAUCAUCACCAUCAUCACCAUCACCAAGUGACCUCGUCGCCAUCGCCGAAUGGAUUGUCCCAUCCAACGGCGAGCCUCUCGUCGGCGAAUCCAUGGCUGAGCGUGCAGCCGAGUAGCGACCAUUGGGCCACCUCGAUGACUAUGCACCAUGCCAGUCAUCAUCCUCACCAUCAUCCGCACCAAGCGAACGCUGGACUAGACGUGAAACCGCUGGCAGCGGCGGCAGCAACCGCGGCGGCGGCUGCCGCGGCUGCAAACGAUCAGUCGAUGCAUCCGCAUCGCGGUGGUCCUCACCAGUCGCCGGGCAUGGCCUCGCCACAUUCUUGGCACGCGCCCGUCGUCCCGUCGGCCCAUUACAAUCCGAGCGGUGGCGCGGCCUCGCCUACUACCCUUCAACAAUACCACACGAUAACGAUGAACGGGAUGUUGCAUCCGCACGCGCAUCAACAUCAUCCGCAGUUGCACAAUCAUCAGACCGGCGGCGGUUUGCAUCCGAACCUAAGGGAUCCUGGCUCACCGGUCGGACACUCGUUGCAUCCGGGCCACGCGCACGACAGGGAUCAGAGCGCCGGUGAGGAGGACACACCGACUUCGGACGAUCUCGAGGCGUUCGCCAGACAGUUCAAACAGCGGCGCAUCAAGCUGGGUUUCACCCAGGCGGACGUCGGUCUCGCGCUCGGUACUCUCUACGGCAACGUCUUCUCGCAGACGACGAUAUGCAGGUUCGAGGCUCUCCAGCUGAGCUUCAAGAACAUGUGCAAGCUGAAGCCGCUGCUGCAGAAGUGGCUCGAGGAGGCGGACUCGACGACCGGCUCGCCGACCAGCAUCGACAAGAUCGCCGCCCAAGGCAGGAAACGGAAGAAGCGUACGUCGAUCGAGGUGUCGGUGAAGGGCGCGCUCGAGCAACACUUUCACAAACAGCCGAAACCGUCCGCGCAGGAAAUAACCACGCUGGCGGACAGCCUUCAACUGGAGAAAGAGGUAGUGAGGGUGUGGUUCUGCAACCGGCGGCAAAAGGAGAAGAGGAUGACACCGCCGAACACGCUCGGCGACGGGAUCAUAGAGGGCGUGCCGACUGGACACCAGAAUCAACCUGGCCUUCACCAGGGAUAUCAUCCGCAAGAUCAUCUUCACGGAUCGCCGAUGGGCCACAGCCACAGUCCUCCGAUGCUCAGUCCUCAGGGUCUCACGGCCCAUUCGCUGGCAGCGGCUCACUAGCGUUCGCCCGGGCCUCCCCCGUUGGGCCUGUCGAUAACUUCUCAGAACUCGGUGAACAAUCCGGCUUCCUCGCCGCCGGAGACGCUCCCUCCGUUUUAUCAUCAUUACCUGCAGGCGCGCACCGGCAGCUACUCGACCACCUCGUAGUAGCUGUGGCCAGUCAACGAUGCAGUAGCAACAACAACAACAAUAACAACAACAACAGCAACAACAACAACAACAACAACACCUCGUCACGUCACGUCA